UGUAAUGUGCGGCUGAGCGCAGUUAAGUGCUAAGGGAGCAGCAGCUGCCGUCAACUCCUCAGAUUGAGCACUGUUAGCUGAAUUUGCAUAGCAAGCACAGCUAUGUCUGACGGCUACAUGGCCGCUCCUCUUCUUAUCCCAUUUUAGCGGUCCGUGUCAAGUCAGUUUUACCGAAUAAGAAAGAACGAUAGAACGAAGAGAGGUGUUUUCAGUCUGUAGCCACUAGUUAAAGGACAACAGCAGAAGUGAAAUUGGAGCUAACAUUGGUUAGCGAGCUAAUGUUAGCUUGCCAACGCAAUGGAGUACAGAUGUAUCCGAGAUAAUGUUAGGCACCUCUGCCUGUAUUGACCAAGAUGACUGAAGUUCAGGCCACAGUGGAGUUCUCUGUGGAGCUCCACAAGUUCUACAAUGUGGACCUGUUCCAGAGAGGGUUCUACCAGAUGCGUGGCAGUCUUAAGGUGCCUCCUCGUGUCCCACACAAAGUUGAGACCAGUCUCCUUCAUCCAGGAGGCUCAGAUUUGGCGUUUCCUGCUUCAGUCCAGGAUGACGUCAUCUGCAGCAAAACUUUCCAAAUCCUGUAUAAGAACGAAGAGAUUGUCGUCAAUGAUGUUCUUCUCUUCAAAGUGAUGAUGCUUCUGGAUGAGAAAAAGGUGGAAGAGUCCCUCAAUGAAAUGGAUUUCCAGCUCUCCCUGGAUUUGUAUUUCACAGAUGGCGAUUAUACACCAGAAGAUCCAAGCUCUCUGCAGAAUAUUAGCAGCCGCGUACUUCAUUUGCACUUUAGCCUUCAGCGGGGCAUCCACCAACACAUCAAUGUCAUGUUUGACUACUUCCAUCUGUCGGUCAUCUCUGUAGCCAUCCAUGCCUCCCUUGUGGCACUACAUCAACCCCUAAUCAGUUUUCCUCGACCUGUGAAAACCACAUGGCUGAACCGAAACGCUCCCGCACAGAGCAAAGAUUCAGUCAUCCCACUUCUCGAGAAUGUUGUGUUUGGCAGCAGCUAUGUGAAGCAGGUGUCGCCAGAUGUAAGUUAUCGUUUAAAAAAAAAAAAAAAAAACAAGUUGUGGAUGCUACUAAAUUUAUUUAGCUGUUGGAGUAUUAGUUUUGGAACUCUUAUUCAUUAAACGGUCAGUAAAAUA